AUGAGCCUCGCCGCCGCCGUCAAAACUCUCAAGUCAUCUUCCUUCAUCACAUGGAAAUCCACGGGCAAGCUGCAGCAGACUGUAGCCAAAUCUAUUGAGAGAACUGGUCGGGGACUCCACUCUGGCGGUGUAUUCACCGUCAAAAUUCUACCGGCGGCCGCUCGCUCCGGCCGGUGCUUCAUCUUCCGGUCAGCUGUUAUUCGUGCGUCCAUUUUAAAUGCUGUGAAAGAUACUCCUCUGUGCACUACGCUUUCCUACGAUGGGCACAGGGUGCAAACCGUUGAACACCUGCUCUCGGCUCUGGAGGCCUCUGGUGUCGACAACUGUCACAUAGAGAUUGGGGUGUCUGGCGAUUAUGAUGGGUCGGGUGAGGUAGUUCCCAUCUUUGAUGGGUCAGCAAGAGAAUGGGUGGAGGCAGUCAAUCAAGCAGGACUGAAGGUGGCUGUAGACAGUGGUGGUAGAAGUUGUGAAAAACUAGCACCAUAUCUUAGUGAACCUGUUCACAUGAUGAAAAAUGAUUCUUUCAUAGCAGCAUUCCCUUAUCCUAAAGUCAAUAUUUCGUAUGGUAUUGACUACCCACAGGCACCUGAAAUUGGACGGCAGUGGUUCUCAUCGACGUUGUUGGAUGAAUCUUUAUACUCUGAGGCAAUAGCUCAAGCGAGGACCUUUUGUCUAUAUGAAGAGGUGGAACACAUGCGAAACUUAGGACUCAUCAAAGGGGGUUCGACCGAGACCGCCAUCAUAUGUAGCAUGAAUAAGGGAUGGUUGAAUCCACCUCUACGUUAUGUGGAUGAGCCUUGCAGACACAAGGUUUUAGAUCUUAUUGGUGAUAUGUCCCUUUUGGCUCAGGAGGGUAAUCAAGGUCUUCUGGUGGCUCAUAUUGUUGCUUAUAAGGGUGGACACUCGCUGCACACUGAAUUUGUUCGUCAUCUAUCAGGAUACGGUUAA